CUCUCACUCACGGGUAGGCGGAGCCAGGGUAGGCGGAACUAGUGGCGAUCCUGUUCCUGGAAUCCUAGCAUACCUUCCUGAAAGCUUCAAUUCGGGGGAUGACUGGUCAGAGAAAAAUGCACCCCUUCCUGUGAGGAGAGCUCAGGUUGAGGUCUCCACCCACUAGGUGGACGUUGGGGGCAGGGAGAGACCGGGCAGUGCCAUGCCAGUAGCGGGCCUUGACUGUUCAUUCCCAGAGUCCUGAGGCCAGGGGGUCACUGAGGCUCCUCUGGGCUCCCAGUCACUGGGAACUCUCGGCCUCUCAGGCCCCUAUACUGCAUCCCCAGCAAGCACAGCAUAGAGCCUGGGGUCCUGGGCCUUGGCCCUGCCCAGUCCACGAGGGCACUUGCUCCCCCACUCCCCGCCUGCCUACAGGCUUCCAAAAGCACCAACUUGCUUAGAGUAAGGGGGUCAGGUGGACCCUAUCUUGGUCCUUGCUAGGUGUAUGCCCCUGGGCACAUUAAUCGGGAGUAAGUAAUCCUGUACCCAGGUGGGUGCCCAUGGGCUUUACCCCAUUGGGUGCUCUGCUGUCUGCACGAGGUCCACCUGCUGCCAGGUAUCGCAGCUCCAGUCACUGCCUCUUCUGGUUUCCUUUGUUUUAUCCUCCCCUCAUCCGAUGCCUUGCACACCAGCUGCUGCCCUUGGGCGUUGGGCUCUUCCUGGCUCCCCGGGAGUGAGAGGCAGCCGCCUCCCAGGCUAGGACCUCGGAGCUGGCAGGCCCCACAACUGUUUUGGUCAGCACAUUGUGACUAGAAAGUGGCGAAAGUGAGACUCAGAAAGGGUCAGGGACUAACCCACUGUCACACAGCCUGUUCAUGGCCAAUUUGGGACUAGAGCCAAGUCUCCUGACUCUGCCGCUUCCCAGAGCCCCUAGAUUCCCAUCUCACCCAAUUUCACCCCACUCAGGAUAUUGGAGGUAGAGCUGGGGGACUGCCUCCGGCACCUGCCCCCUCUCCCCUGACUGGCCACAGGGAAGGGAAAUACCCAGAAAAGUGGGUGCUCUAGGGUCCCAGGUGUGGAAUUAACCUCCAAUUCUACUGGUGUGUGUAGGGGGAGCGGGGGAAGGAGGGAGUUUGGUGCAGAAACCUGAGAACAUGGUUGCACUGUCCCUUCCUGUUGAGGGGCUUGGCUGUUCAAUGUGCCCUUGAGGCCAGGCAGAGGAGAGAGCAGUAGGGGCAGGAUCUGACAGCCUGGUGCAGAGCACGGAGGGGGCAUUGGUUCCCGUUUUUUCUUGCUGUGUACAGAUAAGCCACUGCGCCUGGGCCAGGGGAAAGGGGUGAGGCAGAGGGCAAGUGCCAAGGUGGCACGGGGCUGGGCAUGUGCCUGGCCUGAGAUGGUGCCUAGGGAGGGUCGGAACACCUGGAGGUGUCAUUCUGAAGACCACCGCCCCCGGGGGGCAGCUUGAUCUCUUCAGAAACUGACCUGUGACCUGGGGGCACCCCAAGCCCAGGUACCCCAGGCCCUGCCCUGGGCCUAGAGUCCCCCCAUCAGUGAGUCUUGGCUCUGCUUAUAGCAUCUGACGCCAGAGGGGCUGAAAAUAACCCCUGGAGGAGGGGGAGGAGGGGUCUAUUUAAAGGGCCUGGGAGGAGCAGAGCCAAGAAGGAGUGAGGCAAGAUCAUGGCCACUUCAGAGCUGAGCUGCCAGGUGACCGAGGAGAACCAUGAGCGCCGAGAGGCCUUCUGGGCUGAAUGGAAGGAUCUGACACUGUCCACACGGCCUGAGGAAGGUUGUUCCCUGCAUGAGGAGAACCUGCAGCGGCAUGAGACCUACCAUCAGCAGGGCCAGUGCCAGGCGCUGGUGCAGCGUUCCCCCUGGCUGGUGAUGCGGAUGGGCAUCCUUGGCCGAGGGUUGCAGGAGUACCAGCUUCCCUACCAGCGGGUGCUGCCACUGCCCAUCUUCACCCCCACCAAGCUGGGUGCCGCCAAGGAGGAACGCGAGGACACCCCCAUCCAGCUGCGGGACCUGCUGGCACUGGAGGCGGCCCUUGGUGGCCAGUGUGUGGACCGACAAGACGUGGCUGAAAUCACCAAGCAGCUGCCCCCCGUGGUGCCUGUCAGCAAGCCUGGUGCUCUCCACCGAUCCCUGUCCCGCUCCAUGUCCCAGGAAGCACAGAGAGGCUGAGCAGGGCUGUGAGUCAGGCUCCACUGUGCCCACCCAAGGCUGGGCCCUUCCUGGCUAGGACCACAGAGGGGAGCUGCUGGCCAUGGAUGCUUUGUAGUUUGCCCAGGGUUGGGGGCUGGGGGAGGAGGGAGCCAGAGACCAGGACGCCUGGGUCCCCUGAGCUCCCAAAGGGAGGGGAGCAAAGACGAUGGGCACUAAGAGUGGAGAGCUGGGGGCUAGCGCUGUCAAGUGAGUGCCCCCAGGCCCAGGAGAAGGGACAAAAGAUGCUGGUGAGAGCAAGAGGUCCCUGGGAAGAGUGACCCUGGCCCAGGUUUCACCUUCAGAGAAGGCUGAGAAGUGUGUGAGAGGCAUCUGGAAUCCUCUGGGAAGGAGGCUUGGAGAAUACCAGAGGAAGGGGGACGUGAAGAGGACAGAGGCAGGGUGGAGCCCCCAGCACUCUCUGUUAGCGCUGCAAUAAAUGCUCAAUCAU